AGAGGAUCUUCAUUUGUUACAUUUUUCUUAAUAAAAACUUCAGAUUAUUCCUUUUGUUACUAUCCGGUACAGUUCUGAAGAAAUGGCAGCACCUACAACACAACAAGCUACAUUGACGACUAAUACUGUCACAACUCAAUCCCAACAAUCAACAACCCCUGGUAUCAAUUUUUAUAAUCUUGAGGAAAAUAUCAAUAAAUGGACGCUUGAGUUGGAGGAACAAGAAAAGAUUUUUACCAAUCAAGCAACACAAGUCAAUGCUUGGGACAGUAUUUUAUUGAAAAAUGGAGAAAAGAUAGUUGAACUUAACAAAGCUGUUGAGAAAGUAAAAACAGAUCAGUCAGCGAUGGAGAAAGAACUUGAAUUUAUAGCGGCACAACAUACAGAACUGGAAGAGUCAAUUAUUCCUCUUGAACAAGAACUCUCAAAAAUGCCACAACAAAUUGAUGUCGAGCGUUCUCAAACAUACCAAAUGGCUGAAACACUUGAUUCGCAACUGAAACAAAUGUCUGAGGAUCUCAAAGAAGUCAUCGAACAUCUCAAUGAAGUCAAUAAAUUUGCCGAUCCAAGCGAUCCAAUGGUACAAAUUGGGAAAAUCCUCAACGCUCAUUUUACAUCAUUGCAGUGGAUUGAGGAUAAAACAAGUGUCAUUAACAAUCGUUUAGAUGAAAUCGGUAAAAUGAGUACUGCUUUAAAGCAGAAUCAAACUUCAUAUCGUUACGAUUAA